CACCACACCAGUCACCGCCUCAUCACCUUCGGCAAAGUAGCUUGAUCUCCUUGCUCCACUUUCAUCAAGAUCUCACCCCAGUCACCACCUCGUCUAGUCAUCUCCUUUGCUGAAUAGAAGCAACAAAGCAGCUCGACUGACUCUUGACGACCACAUGAAUCAAAUGGCAGAUCUCGUUCAGAAGCUCUCUUCAGAGCUCCGCUUGGGCCUCCAACCAGCUUGCAACAAUUUCAUGGGAUUCUUCCAUGUAAUCGAUUGGAAGAACCUUACUCUCGAGGAAGAAUACCAACUUCCAGAUGUGUCUGUUCCUGUUGGCAUUGAUAGUGAUAGUGAGCAUGAGUCUCGGGAGUUGCAGUUGCAUGCUUACUUUGAUGAAGAUGCUCCUCAUUUAGGUAAAAAUAAAUGAAUUAAUGAUGCUUUAUCUAUUUGAGAUUUAUCUUUAUUAUGAAUUUAGUUUGAGACUUUUUUAAUAUUCAAGAUUUUUUUUACAUUUAAAACUUAUUUUAUAGUGAAUUUGUGGAUUUAGUUUGAAACUCUCAUUUAUAUUUAAGACUUAUUUUGUAGUGAAUUUAGUUUAAGAGUAAGUUCUUUCUUAUUAUCAUACUUAAUGAAUUUUUUUAUAUUGU